CCAUGGUUAUCUAUAUUGACAAUUUUACGAAAAGUUCUAUCAUCAUCUAUCCGUCUACUAAUUAACAAUUGUUGAAGUAUUUAUGGACUACCCGACAAUCAGAUAGAGACAGAAACAUCAUCUUAAGAAAUAAAAAAUGGCAAUGGAAACUUACUUGGUUAUUUUCUGCAGUCUGUUAAAAUCAGUUAUCUGUCAAGAUUCAAGCUCUAUUAUGACAUCUAUGUCCGAAAGUAUGUCCAUGAUGUCGGACAGCAUCAUGCCAAUGUCCUCGUCAGCAAUGUCAUGGUCUUAUAUGAUCUCUGGUACUCUCCUAUCUGAAGAAUGUGAAUGUCCUAUGUCUGAAAUGUUUUCAACGUCAAUGACACAAUACCAAUCUGCAUCAUUUGAUACGACAAUAUUAGUUCAAUCAUCAGAUUCAUAUGACUUGAUGUCAGUGUCAGAUUCAUAUUCUAUGAUGUCAAUGUCAGAUUCAUAUUCUAUGAUGUCAAUAUCAGAUCAGUCACCAUCAUAUUCAAUGACAUCGGUCCUCUUAGAACAAUCUAUGGUAUCUUCGUCUGAUUGGAUGUCACAUCAAUGUCAGUGCAGUUCAGAAACAAUAAGUAUGAUGUCUAUGUCAUCUUUGUAUACGGACUCUUCUUUUCUAAUUGAACCGUCUUCAACAAUGUAUAUGGAACCUUCAUCAAUGGUGUCAAUUGAACCAUCGAUGGAACUUUCGUCAAUGAUUUCAAUGGAAGAAUCGUCCAUGAUGUCAAUGGAACAAUCUUCAAUGAUGUUUAUGGAACCGUCGUCUAUGUCAAUAGAACCGUCUAUGAUGUCAAUCGAACCGUCGUCUAUGUUGUCAAUGGAACCAUCUAUGAUGUCAAUGGAACCGUCAUCUAUAAUGUCAAUGGAAUCAUCUAUGAUGUCAGUAGAACCGUCGUCUAUGUCAAUGGAACAAUCUAUGAUGUCAAUGGAACCAUCAAUGAUGUCAAUAGAGUCGUCGUCUAUGAUGUCAAUGGAACCAUCUAUGUCAAUGGAAUCAUCCAUGAUGUCAAUGGAAUCGUCUAUGAUGUCAAUGGAACAGUCGUCUAUGAUGUCAAUGGAACCGUCUAUGAUGUCAAUGGAACCAUCUAUGUCAAAAGAAUCAUCUAUGAUGUCAAUGGAACCGUCUAUGAUGUCAAUGGAACAGUCGUCUAUGAUGUCAAUGGAACCGUCUAUGUCAAUAGAACCAUCUAUGUCAAUGGAACCAUCUUUGAUGUCAGUGGAAUCAUCUAUGAUGUCAAUGCAAUCAUCUAUGAUGUCAAUGGAGCCAUCUAUGUCAAUGGAGCCAUCUAUGUCAAUAGAGCAAUCUAUGUCAAUAGAGCCAUCUAUGUCAAUAGAGCCAUCUAUGUCAAUGGAGCCAUCUAUGUCGAUGGAGCCAUCUAUGUCAAUGGAGCCAUCUAUGUCAAUAGAGCCAUCUAUGUCAAUGGAGCCAUCUAUGUCAAUGGAGCCGUCUAUGAUGUCAAUGCAAUCAUAUAUGACGACAAUGGAACCAUCUAUGAUGUCAAUGGCGCCAUCUCUCCGUCUAUGA